AUGAGCGGAUUUCAUAUCCAGAAACCGCUCGCCGAGCCCCACUGCAGCUUUUCCAACAAGACCGUGCUGGUGACGGGCGCCAAUUCCGGGCUUGGAUUCGAAGCAGCCGUCAAGUUCACCGCGCUCGAUGCUAAACGGGUGAUCCUCGCGGUUCGUGACCUCUCGAAAGGCGAACAGGCCAAGGAAGCCAUUGAGUCACGCACAGGCAAGACGGGCGUGCUGGAGGUAUGGGAGCUCGACAUGAACUCGUACGCCAGCAUUCGGGACUUUGUGACUCGCGCCUCUUCGGACCUCGAUCGUCUGGACAUUGCGGUGCUUAACGCAGGCGUGUUCAUGGUCGGCUACGAGAAGUCCAGUUACGGCUGGGAAGAAACGAUCCAGGUCAACGUGCUCUCUACUGCAUUGUUGGCUCUUUACCUUCUUCCCAAAUUGAGGGACACUGCGAAGAAAGGCAGCGUGAGCGAGUCCUCUUCCCCGACAAUGCCGCUGCUGGAAUUCGUGUCUUCUAGACGGCAUGAGAAGGUUACUGUGUCUGAGGAAGCCCUGAACAAUGGUAACCUCCUCCAGACGUUCAACGAGGCCACGAGUUACAAUUCGAGCAAGCAAUAUCAGUUGUCGAAAUUCCUCCUGAUGUGCGUGAUGCGGAAGCUGGCCUCACUGGUAAAGGCGCUCUCCCAGCCCGGUAGCACCGAUGUCGUUGUCACCGCGGUCUGCCCCGGCUUCUGCCAAUCUAACCUGAGUCGAGGUCACAAAGGACUACUUGCGGACCUUCUCCGAGCGGUGUUGAACACAUUGGUCUUACGGACACCCGAAGCAGGGUCCAAAACACUGGUGUCAGGAGCAGCCGUCGGGCCGGAGGGUCAUGGACGGUUUUGGUAUGAUGACGGAGUUCACGAUCUAAUACACCCGUUGCUCUCGGCAGAGAAAGGAGAACCUGCGGUGGAUAAAGUGUGGCAAGAGGUGCUUGCUGCUCUGGAGAAAGACGUGCCCGACGUAAAGCAACUGGUUUCAGGGUUGACGAGUACAGCGUAA